GAAGGACACAGAGAGAUGAAAGUCAGAGGGCAGCUGCAGAGGCAUUUGGGUGUUUAGAGCCGUAGAAAAGGCAUUCCGUGAAUUUUCUCAUCAGAGUAGGAAUCAGGAGUUAAACACAGCCCAUGAGGGCUUACAGGAAUUCUCUCCUUUUCACUGAGGUUGCAGCCUUAUGCCACAGAAAGAAAAGCAGGACAGCAACGGAGGUUUCGAUCAGACGCCACACGCUGCUUCCAAUCUGCGGGGACAAACACGACACCCAAGGGAAUUACAGGUUACGGAGGAGUGAGAAAAGACCAGAGGUGGUUCAGGAAGCAGGACUUUGGGCGUGGGAGCUAUGCGCUCCUGUGGUGGACAAGUGAGACAGAGCAUCCACAGAUGUUCAGAUGGAGAUUUAGUGCCUGUGAGGUGGUGGCUGAUUGAGCAGUAAGAAGAGAAAGUAAGGAAAGCAAGAAGCUCUGCGAGUAUGUAGAGUGUAAGAAAUGAAAGACAAAAGGUCUGAUAGAACUUAAGAAGCCUCUUUUUUCAGAAUUCAGAGGAGGUAUGCCUUUUAGAGUCAGAUAAAGAAUUGUUUUAGUUUUUUUUUGCUCAUAUAUUACUUUUAAAAUACCAAUGAAGGAAUCAGAUCAAAUUAAGGACCUGACCUGGGAUUUUGACCAAUCCUGGGACUCGAUCAUCAAACCGGCCGCACGCCUUUGCCUCAAUACCUUGGAUUUCUCAGAUCUCUGGGAAGAGGACGACGGUGGAGAGGAAGAGGGGCUUCUUCCAUCACCGCCAAGUCAGAACCUGUCCGUGGCGCCUCCUCCACCGCCACUUCCACCACCUCCUCCUCCACCUCCUGCAUCUCCUUUACCUUCCUCAUCAACUGGUGCUGUGAUUAAAAGUCAUACCUUGAAGCUACACUGGAGGGAACUCCAGAACCUGGCCCCACUUCCCAGGAUGACGCGCUUCGGGAAGCAAACUAUAUGGGCCGGACUGGAGCCGGUGCAUUUGGACACAAACCGCCUGGAGUACUUGUUUGAAUCUAAGGCCACCAGCAGCAGUUUUACCGUGGCCUCUGCGCGGCAGAAGCAGUCAUCCGUCUCUGUGCUGGGCAUGAAGCGCAGUAACAUCAUAACCAUUGCCCUGAGCAGCCUGCCUCCACCUCGCCUUCUCCCCCCUGCCAUCUACAGUAUGGACAGCAGCGUGCUGGACAGAGAGGACAUCCAGCGACUUCAAGCUCUGGUCCCGACUGAGGAAGAGCUUCGUCUGAUUAAUGAAGCCAAGGCCCAGAACCCUCACUCUCCUCUGGCCCAGGCUGAACUGUGUCUCCUCACUCUAGGAGAAAUCCCUCACCUCUCUACAAGACUUGAGCUCUGGACCUUCGCUCUGGACUACGACUCCUUGGAGAAGGUAGAUGAAAACAAUGAUGGCUACAAUGCCAGUGGCUAA